UCCUGGCUCUGCAGUGUGUGCUUUCGACAUGGAGCAGCUGGCCGGAGUGUUUGAUGGAAGAUUUAAAGAGCAGAAAUCGCCUGAGUCGAUAUGGACACCUGUUCCAGAUGAGGUUGUGCCCAAACCGAGGCCGGGUGGUUGUGCCAUACAAGGCUCAAAGUUCAAUUCCUCCAACUCUUUCCCUGAUGACAUGUUAACUUUUGUCAAGACACAUCCGCUGAUGGAUGAAGCCAUCCCAUCACUCGGUCAGAGACCAUGGAUUGUUAGGACCAUGGUCAGAUACCAGCUCAACAAAAUGGUGGUGGACACAAACUCUGGUCCCUAUGGCAACCAGACAGUCCUCUUUCUGGGUUCCAGCCGAGGGACCAUCCUUAAAUUCCUCGUCACCCCCAACAGGGAUAACACAGUGACCAACAACAAUGUGUUCCUCGAGGAACUGGAAGGCUACAACCCAGACAGGUAGAGGUUAAUGCUAAAAACACGCUCUUUAGUGAUUGUUUUACGGCAGAGAAUCACAAGU